AUGAAUUUAUAUAUUUCUAGUAUAGGAGGAUGUAAGAGUUAUACUUGGUAUGGAUAUAAUAUGGCAAGAGAUGAACAAUGUCAUGGGAUUGCAGAUAUGUUAGGUAGACCUGGAAAUUGUGAAAAUUGUAUGUCAUGUUCUCGUAAAAUGAAUAACGAUAUGAAAGGAAUGGAGAAAUUUGUUAAAAAAAGUGAUGGUAGAGUCUAUAUUGUAGCUUGUGACAAUUAUGAAUAUGCUAAAACCAUCACACAAAUCUUCAGACCAUAUAAAGGAGAACCAACAACAACAGUUAUAUUUCACAGAUCACCUACUAAUUAUCAUGAUGAAAUGUGA